GGACGACCACGCGAUGCUGUUAAAUCUCAGCGAGCUCGCGAGCAGCGCGAACUGGGCUCGGAUGUAAACAUUUGCGCUACGGUGUGCCGUGAGGAGAUCAGCUUGCGAUAACGUGCUGGCUGAUUUUGUGGAUGCAUGCACAAUGUACCCCUCGACGGCUCUCUGCUCGUAAAGAACCCACAGAGCAACGGAUCUGAGGGGUUUUAGGUAACAAACACAAGGCUGACUGGCUGGUUAUGAGGACUGACUGGCAGCCCUGGGCAAAACCGCCAUGCAUCAGGACAGUUUCGGUUGCGCUGUGACCAACCGCUUCGACCAGCUUCUGGACGACGAGGCUGACCCGUUUGACAUCCUCCGGGAGGCCGAGCUGCAGAAGCAGAAAAAGAAAAAGAAAGAGGAGCUCAAGAAAGCCAACGCGGCGAAACAAGGGAAGAGGGAGUCACAGAAAGACAGGAAGGUUCCUAACACUGACGAUGGAGGUGUCGGUCACAUAAGAAACAAUUCUGGGUGGAAGCGAUCGUCUCGCGGAGGACACGCUCAGAACGAGAACAGCGGCGUGGUGGUGACCGAGCGGGAGGAGAGGCGCGCGGUCUUCCGCGAGCGCAGGCCCAAUCAGAUGGUAGCCCCUCAGCAAUUCCCCGCCGACGCAUCACAGGCUCGAUGGGACAGGGGCGGUAGGCGACGUGAAUGGGGCCGAGGAAGGGGGCAGGGGUACCCCGGGAAUUCGGACGGCUUUGUCCAAGGGGCCAGGAAGGAGUUUGUCUACCGUGAGCAAUCGGACCGGGUGACCCGGGCGGCCGACGGCGAACGCGGUGCUGCCAAAGAGGACCAGGAGGCUGUGGAGCCAGAGGGCCAGCCCCGAGCGGAAGGGGAGGCGGCCGAGGCAGAGGCGGCCGAAGAGGAGGCGGCCCCAGACGUUGCCAUGGAGAUGUCCCUGGACCAAUGGAAGGCCCUGCAGGAGCAGAGCCGGCCGAAGGAGGAGCUGAAGUUGCGUAAGGUGGACGCGAGCGUGCCCUCCAAGGCCGUGGUCAUCCACAAGUCCAAGAACCUGGAGGGGAAGGGGGUCAUUGAGGAGUACGAGGACGCCUACGUCUUCCGCCGACCGGCCAAUGACAUCACGACCACGCUGGCCUUCAAUUUCGGCAGCCUGCCACGCCCGGGGCGGGGCGGCAGAGGCGGGCGUGGUGGCCAGGGCGGGCGGGGCCGUGGGCGGGGGCGUGGGCAGGGGCAGACGGAGAGAGCCUUGACGCCCCCACCACCACCACCACCACCACCACAGGCUGAAGUGGUCCUGGCCCCAGACCCUGAUGACCCCGAGGACUUCCCUGCCCUGGGGUGAAGCGAGUGGCCCCAGGCAUGCAGACCGAAUGCUGCCCUGUGAUUGGGUCCCUGCUGCCCUCUCUCAUUUUGCUGAAAGCGGUUGCACUUGUCACCUUUAAUUUAUUAUUUAUUAUUAUUUUUUGUCUCAAAGCCCAGGAGAAAUUCUUUCCUCCCACAAUUCCUGGAUAGUUCAUCUCUUGCUUUCUGAAAGGUUUGAUUUAUGUGGAGCAUACCAUUAAAAGCACCGUUGAAUGUA